AUGUUUUACUCUAGAGAGCUCCUUGCUCGCAAAGCUUCUCUUGGCCAAAUAUGGUUGCUUGGGACUAGGCAAGCGAAGCUCGAUCGAAGGAAAGCUAACAAGCUCGACAUAGCUCGACUCUGCGAAGAGAUUCUAAAUCCUCCGGUCCCGAUUGCUCUUCGACUCUCUAGCAUUCUCAUGGGUGGAGUUGUGAUUCUCUAUGAGAAAAAAGUGAUGUUUCUUCAUGAUGAUGCUAAUCGGUUUCUGGUUGAAAUAAGGAACGCAUGGAAGGUGAUGAACGAGCCAACUCUACUCCCGAAAAGAAAAGAAAAGGCCAAGAGAAAGUCCAUUACACUACCAGAAAAUGAUGAAACCUCCAUGGGAUUCACUAAUGUUGGAGAACUUGAAGAAGAAAUCUCUAUGGGGUUUCAGCAAUACAAUCUUAAUAUGGUGAAGUUUUGUGAUAUAAACUCUCCAAUUUCCUCUUUUGCUCUGCCGUAUGGUUUCUCUUGUUCGAGGGAUCAACUUGACCAAGUCGAUGACUACUAUAUUACUAGUGAUCCCAUGGAGGAUAAUGCAACCAAUGACCACCAUCAAGCUGAUGACAAUGACAUCACCUUAUUUGAUUUGUUUCAGCCUAAUUCCAAUAUUCAUGGUCAAUUUGAAAGAUUUGAAGAAGCUGAUGAGGGAACACAAGUAAACUUCACUUUAGAUGAGCAUAUCCAGAUACCAACUACUCCUAUUCCAUCUCCAUCCCAAAAAGAGCCUCAAAGAGCUGGGGGAACCCAAGAGCGGCAUCCGGAGCACCAGUUAGAUCAACAAUUUAAUAAAAACAAAGAAGCCAGGGUUAACAUACAAAUGUUGCUAAUCUUAAUCUCCUUGAGAAACCAGGAUCAACAGAGGCAGGGGUCAGUAAAACAAAGAAGAAAGCCCAAAGGAAUUAUCACAGAUGAGGAACAAACUGUUAUUUCUAACCAUGUUUAUCACUCCUGGCUUCAUGAUACUUCAGAUAUUGCAUCCAGAAUUCGAAGGAAGAAUAGUGUAUGCCCUGGGCCCGCAAGUAUUCUGUCUACUUUUAAGAUAGCUAAGCUCAUGGAGCUCCCAUCUACUGUGAUAAUGGAUGAUAUGCUUUUGAAAGGAAACCAAGAAAUCUCUUACCCGGAACCACUUUUAGACCUGUGGAAGAAAUGCAGCCAACCUCUUCAUGACUCACCCUCUGGGAAGUUAAUCGAUGUUAUACCGUACACAGUGAGAACCUCACAACCACAGCCACAGUCACAACCACAACCACAACCUCAUGAACCAUCUUCUAAGGAGAGAGUACAGUCUAAUUAUCCAAUGGAUUAUCCUUUCGAAGAUCUCCACAGUGGAGUUGGUUCUCCAUCUCAUGCUGCUUCAAUAGAGGUACAGCGAGCAAAUGUGGUAAAUAAGGUGACGCCAGCCGGAAUAAAUCAGUUUGUCUCCCCAGGAAACUCUGGAGAUGCAGUAAGAUACACGGGUAGCUCAGUGUCCGGAGAUGGAGUCCCCUCAGGUAACUUAGAAGUAAAUAUCGAGAGGGUUGGGUCCAAGAAGAAGAACCUGCAAUCAACUUCGAAAAACAGUGGCAGUCUUGACACAGUGGUUGAAGUGUUCCAUGAAGCUGAUACUGAUUACCAGUUAUCAAGGCCGAAAAGGAAAAACUUGGAACCUGAUCAUGAUUUCUUGGUGGAAACUCAACUUACAAUGGAAACUCCUGCGGAUGAUCCUCCUGACAUGAUGACUGAGAACAUCAAGAAGCAUAUGAAAACACAUUUUGAAACUCCAGGAGCUCCUCAAGUAGAAUCUUUACAGAACUUAGCGGCCGGAUUGAACAAGAAAGGAGCAGCUCAGCUCUUCUAUCGGACAUGUGUCCUUGCUUCUCAAGGUUUCUUGAAAGUGCAACAAAAGGUGGCGUUUGGAGACAUUUUCAUCUCUAAAGGAGCAAAGAUGUGA